UCACCUGGACUCACAGGAUGGACUUACUCACUUACUUGUGUCUCCUCACCACGACUCUGAUGUUGACCCACCAGCAUCAAGCCGCCUCUCUCACAAGCCCCACAGCGGAGGAGGGCCCCCUGGUGCAGCUCGCCCACACGGCCCACCGGCGAGAGAAACGCUGCUCCUGCGAGAACCAGAAAGACAAGGAGUGUAUAUUUUUCUGCCACAUCGGCAUCGUCUGGGUCAACACGCCGAGCCACGUGGUUCCUUAUGGGUUCGGUUCCGUCCGACUGAAGCGGGAGCUCGGACGCUGCCUCUGCUCACACACACAGGACAACGAGUGUGUGAGCUUCUGCUCCCUGCAGACAGAAGAGCAACAUGCUGCGACGAAGAGGACAACUGACAAACAACUGAAGAGAUACAGAGCUGCUUUCUGGCAAAAAAGGAGCCGACACGCACUGAAACACCAGACCUGA